AACACAUAUCUGUCAGUCAACUUUGGCUUCAUUGUUAAAAAAAUAUACACAACUCAUAGUCAAGAUUGGCCUACUUACAUUAAAUAGUCUUAAAUAGAAUCACAAAUAUAUAUUGCAUAAACUCUCCCAUUCCAAAACCAACCUCAAAGAACUUUGCACUAAAAAUUCAAUCCAAUGGCCAAAACAAUUCAUAUAGCAGUAAUUUCAAUCCCUGCAUUCAGCCACCAAGCUUCCAUCAUAGAAUUCACCAAAAAACUCAUUCAUCACCAUAAUCACUUCCACAUAACCAUAAUCUUCCCUACAAUAGAUUCACCUCUCCAAACAACUCUCACACUCCUCAAAUCUCUCCCUCCAAACAUCACCUACAUAUUCCUCCCUCCAAUACCCAAAAUCUCUCUCCCACAAAAUCUCUCUCCAGCUGUCCAAAUCCAACUAGCAGUCUCUCAAUCCAUGCCAUCUUUCCACACCACAAUCUCUUCACUCUGUUCUUCAUCAUCAACACCACCACUUGUUGCUUUGAUUUCUGACCCUUUUGCAAAUGAAUCACUUGAAGUAGCAAAAAAAUUCAAUCUUUUAUCUUACAUAUAUUUUCCACCUUCAACAAUGACACUCUCACUUUUCAUUCAUUUUCCAUCACUUCAUGAAGAAAUUUCAUGUGAAUUUAGAGAUCACAAUGAAGCUAUUCAAAUCCCAGGUUGUGUACCAAUUCAUGGAAUUGAUUUACCUGAACAUUUUCAAGAUCGAACUAGUCUUGCUUAUGAUUUGAUUCUUCAACGUUGCAAAAGAUUCAAUCUUGCUGAUGGGUUUUUGGUUAACAGCUUCAUGAAAAUGGAAGAAAAUACAUUGAAAUCCUUAGAAGAACAUAAAUGUUCUGUUUUUCUUGUGGGACCCAUUAUUCAAAAUGGGUCAAAUAAUGAAUCAAAAGGGUCGGAUUCAGAUUUAGAAUGUUUGAGGUGGUUGGAAAAACAACCUCAAAAAUCUGUUUUUUAUGUUUCAUUUGGAAGUGGUGGAACACUUUCUCAAGAACAAGUUAAUGAAUUAGCUUUUGGGUUAGAAUUAAGUGGUUUAAGAUUUUUAUGGAUUUUAAGGGCACCUAGUGAUUCAUCAAAUGAAGCUUAUCUUGGUGCUAAAAAUGAUGAUGACCCUUUAAGUUUUUUACCAAAAGGGUUCAUAGAAAGAACAAGAAAACAAGGAUUAGUUGUACCUAAUUGGGCCCCACAAACACAAAUUUUGAGUCAUGGUUCAAUCGGUGGAUUUUUGACUCAUUGUGGUUGGAAUUCAGUGCUCGAGAGUAUUGUGUUAGGUGUGCCUAUGAUUGCUUGGCCUUUGUUUGCGGAGCAGAAAAUGAAUGCAGUUUUGUUAUGUGAUGGUGUUAAAGUUGCAAUGAGGUUAAAGUUUAAUGAUGAUAGUUUAGUAGAAAGAGAUGAAAUUGCUAAGGUGGUUAAAGGGUUAAUGGAUGAUGAUGGGAAUGGGAUUAGAGGAAGGAUUGAAGAGUUGAGACAUGAUGCUGUUGAUGCUUUGAAAGAAGAUGGGUCUUCUACAAGGGCUAUUUGUCAAUUUGGUAAUGCAUUGGAAAGCUUUGUGAACAAAAUGUAGGUUGCGGACAAUAAUUUGUUGAUAGCUUCGUUUGUCUGGUGGCUAGAAAUUUCACCCUAAAAUAUGAUGUCCCAACUCCCAACCAACUGAGUUAAUAGCUUCUUUUUAUAUAAGGAUAAUAAUCGAACUUUUUAGGUUUGGUUUGGCAAUAGAAUUGAAGCUGGUACAUGCAGUGAUGCAUCAUAUUAAUGUGCAGUAACUAAUACUUGAAGUUGUUUCUUGUUGUUUUUGGUUCUUUUCUAAGCAAUAGUUUGAUUACAGAGUAAAAGUUACAGGCUCACAACAUCCAAAGAGUCAUUCGUGUUGAGGAACUUAAUAAUCGUAUUUGUUUUGAGGUACUUAAAGGAAAUUAACAAAACAAACCUAACUAGUAACCUAAAAAACAAAACAACUUUAAGAAUGAAGAACAACAUUUAUAUUCCUAAAUUCCACCAAAACAUUCCAAUUGAGUAGCCAGCUGAGACAAACUCUUUAUUGAAGAACCGUCAUCUUUCAAUGCUUUUUUAGCCGAAUCUUUUAAACUCUUCAUUCUAUCGCGCAUUUCCUUACCUUCUUCCCCAUCCAUCACACACUUAACCACUUUUGCAAUUUCAUCUUUUUCCACAAUCUCAUCAUCUUCAAAUUUCAACCUUAUUGCCACUUUAAGACCAUCCUUCCAACUACACACAUCCAACACAUCUAAAUGGCAAAAUUUGACAAGUGUCAAGCUCACAAGCAACCUUGGAAAAAUCCUAGCUGGCAUAAAUGACAAAUUUUUUACUUCUUUGAGUAUGAAUUUGAAUUUGGUUUCUCUCCUUCAAUUGUCUCAGCAAACGGGCCACAAAACAUUGGAUCCAUUGCAAUAGGCCCAACAUAGUCCGGCCCAACUGAAACAUUUCCUUUAGGGCCAAAAAAAAAAAUUGAAGUAGGAACAGAGGGAUCAGUGUAGCAGCCGUCCCUUUCAUUCUGUCUGAUGCAUCAGUCUUUGACUACCAUUUUUGGCUAACCUUAUGCUGUUCAAUUUUCUUCAAAUUUAUAAACAAAUAACACAUUUACUGAUUCAUGAAACUUCAUCCUCAUCAUUGUUUGAUACCAAGAAGCCCAAGCAGAAGAAAAAACAAAAUUGCUGGCAGAAGAACAGUGUAACGUCACUUUCAUCACCAACAAAAAAAUCUGAUUGUUAUCGUUUUAGGUACCAGCCUAGAGAAAAAGCAGUCAAAGCUCUACCACUUUCAAAUUCAAAUUUCAAACUCUCUUCCUCCUCUCUCUCUCUAAACCCCAAAGCUUUUGAGACUCUGAUCGGAGAUCGAACACGAUGGAUGAAGAGUAUGAUGUCAUCGUUUUAGGUACUGGUCUUAAGGAAUGCAUUCUCAGUGGUCUUCUCUCCGUCGAUGGCCUCAAAGUUCUUCACAUGGAUAUUGAAAACUGAGCUCCUCCCUCCCUCAAGGAGGUAAACUUUUCAUUCCUGAAACCUGAAUCAUGUUCUCCCAUAAGUAAAAUGAACUAAAGUGUUUCAGAAUUCAAUUAUCAGAAUUUGAGGAAAAAGGUAUGUCUUUCUUCUUUGAAAUCCCUAAUUCUUCAAUAGUGUUUAUUAUCUGAUUUUAUAAUCCUCUUACUUUUUUUUUUCUUUCUUUUUUUGAAAAUAUUGUUGCUCAGUUGUCAUAUUUAUUAGGAUUUGUUUCUAUCUUUUAGUUAAUAAUCCCUACUUUUUAGUAAUUGUUAGUGGGAUUUAGAUGGUGAAAUAUAAGGGACUACAUGAAUGUCACAACAUUGCUUAGUUAUCACUUCAAUAUAUGUAAACUCAUUUUCUUACUCAUCUCUCUUCAUUUUCUCUUGAUUCCUUCGAACUUCUCUCUCUCAAGGAAUCAACCAUCUUGGAUGGCACAAGCCACAAUCUCCAAAAGGUUUCAAAUUGCUUCUCCAUCUAUUAUUUUAUGAUUUAAUUUCAUCAUCUGAUUUUUAUGUGACAUGUUUAAUUUUUUGUCAAUGUUUGCAAAUUAGGUUUUCUUCUCAAUCGAAUCCUCCAACCUGUUUCAAGAUCCAUCCCGCAGGAAAUAAUGGUAGAAAGUUGGUAUGAGAGGUGAAAAAUUCUUGACUACAUAUACUUAAGUUCAUGCCUUGGACUCAAUGAAAUGUGUGGCUGCUGUAAAAAGGAAAGGAGUAGUGCCAGAAGAUGAUAUUUACAUUAAGUUUCUUACUUCCUUUUCAUUGAUGAAGAACGAGGUAGUACAUUAAGCUAUCUUCCAUAAAUUAUUUUAUUAUUGCUAUAUAUCUUUUAUAUUUGUUCAUUAUCCUAUAAAUGUAUUUGUUUUUAUUUUCCGAUCUACUGAGUUUGAAGUGUACGAAUGAUCGCUAGCAUCGAGUAAGUAACAUGAAGGCUAACAUAAAGGUUAACCAAAAACCCUUUUGUACAACAUUUGUAUUCUGGCAAAAGCUCGAAAAACUUUAAAACCAAUUAUGAAGGCUUGAACCAGAAUGUGUUGGUGAUUUUUACAAAAAAGAUGAAGCCAUGGAUGUUGUUGAUAGAAUUAUGAAUUAUGAAGGCUAACCUGAAUGUGUUGGUGAUUUUUCUCUUCUUUUUGUUUGUUUGUUUUGGUAUAUAUAGUCUGAAAUAAUACUUUGUGCUACUAAAUACAUGCAACACUUUCUUUUAAACAUGUUAUCAAAUUUAUUCUUCUUUUGGUUGGUAACUCCUUUUGAUAACACAUCUUUUGUUGAUAUAAAAUUCUUCCAAAUUCUAUAAUAUUUGUUGAAGUUGGAUUAGAGUUCCAUUAGUUUAUAUGUGAUGGGUGUACCAUGUACAGAUCUGCCAAUAAAAUUUUGGUGUAUGCAAAUUCUAUAACCCUUUUAAUAACUCAUCAUGAUAUGAAUUGUGUUUUGCAGAUAGAUUUUGGGGUUUGUGGGAAUUUUGUUCUAUUUUCUUAGAUUUACCUCUUUUGAUAACCUACUUGUGUUUUGCAGAUAACUAUACUUUGCAAUUACCAUUUUUAAUGUUGUUGGUUGUAGAAACUAUAAAUUCAAUGCAGCUCUCCAUUCUCAAUUAACUUAGUUUAAAAAUUUCAGGAAGCAUCAUGAGCUCCAUUUUCCUUCCAAAGAAGAAACCCAUGGAUAUUGAAAACUGAGCUCCUCCCUCCCUCAAGGAGGUAAAAUUUUCAUUCCUGAAAUCCGAAUCGUGUUCUCCCAAAAGUGAAUCAACCAUCUUGGAUGGCACAAGCCAAAAUCUCCAAAUGUUUCAAAUUGCUUCUUCAUCUGUUAUUUCAUGAUUUAAUUUCAUCAUCUAAUUUAUGUGAAAUGUUUAAUUUUCUGUCUAUGUUUGCAAAUUAGGUUGUCUUCUCAAUCGAAUCCUCCGACCUGUUUCAAGAUCCAUCCCGCAGUUAUUGUGAGUGUUUUUCUGCCGGUGUUUACUGCAUAGAGCCCUGCUCCUGUCAGGAAUGCAAUAACAAAAUAGUGUCAUGAUGUUUGUAAAGUCACAUUAUUGGAGUGCUCAUUUGCUUAAAGGAGAAAAGAGAACAAGUUUGUUUGAAUGAACUCUAUCAAUUCCAAAUGAAAUCGCAAAACGGUGGUUCAAGAUUCAAGUUAAAUUGUGUGAAGGGAAUCCAAAGAUUUUGACCCCUUGCAGUAAAUUUAAAGAUUUGAGUAAUCUUAAGCUUCAAAAUAUUUACUAUAAUGGAAACUAGGAGGAGCAUCAGCAAACAAUUUUUUUUUGUAUGCAUCUUUUAUAUUUUGUCAUUGGGGAUCACUAUUUAAAUUUGGAAGAAGAGGUUAAAAAUAAGAACCUCAAGAUUUUAUGGAUACAUAUUAUUAUUUUGAUUCGUUUCCAAACUACUACUUGCAAGAAUUAUAAUUAUAUGCAAUUAACAGCGUA